UCCUGACGCCUCGGGGCCGUCCCGGGGUGUUGCCCCUGACCACGCACAAUGAGGAAGACGCCGCUUCCCCGAAGUCGCCUCCGAAGUUCGCAGAACGCAGCGUACCGGCUCCCUCUGGACUGGGUGACAUGACUGUUCCCAAACAGUCGUUUGUAAAUUGAGUUUCUGUGAAACAAUUUUUAUUUUUCAUGUGUGACAUAAGCGGGGUACGAUUUGAACUUUUGUUUUCCUUCUAGCCCCCCAGACCGGAUCCUCUGUCUUCUCUCUCCGGUACCGCCGUUCCGUUUUUUUACCUUCUUACCUCGCCUCCAUCACCGAGGUGCGUCCUCUGGCCCAGGGCCUCAGUCCUGAACACUAAGACUGGGCAGCUUCCCGACUGAUUUCUGAACCUAGACAUCUUCCGAGGGCCCCCCUCGCCACACCCUCUAGUUUAUCAACUCAUCUUACUAAAUACCUGUGAUUUCUCUCCCCAUCUCUAGCUCCAGAUACUUCCCUAGUAGACUCCUUUCCCUCGCCGGUGUAGCAUUACAGCCAGAAGGAGUGCGGGUCCCGGUGCUCCAUUCCCAGGGAAAGACUCUCAGGGGGAGCCCCUAGGGCCCCUUGAGGCUCCAGCUGUCCCCACUCUUCCUUAGAGCCCAGCUAGGAGGAUAGGGACGCCCUUAAAACGGAAGAGGAAGGGUCUCCGGGACAGUCAAAGGUUCAACAUCAGGAAGUUCUUAAGAAAUCACUUAUAGAUGGGGAGGGUCUUUGGAAGCCAUCUGGCCAGGGCCCCUUCGUCUUUGGCCCUGCUCUGCAGUCUCAAAGAUGGGUUUAAACUUCCAGCUUGGUUUUGUUACAAGGAAAACAGCUGGGAUGUGGAGAAAGACCAAAUCUUUUUUUAAUAUUUAAUUUUUAUGGGUCCAUAGGUGUAUAUAUUUAUGGAGUACAUGAGAUAUUUUGAUAUAGGCAUAGAAUGCAUAAUACAGAUCAAGUCUUUUUUUUUUUUUUUUUUUUUUUGAGACCGAGUCGCGCUGUUGCCCAAGCUUGGAGUGCAGUGACGCAACGUUGGCUCACUGCAACCUCCGCCUCCUGGGUUCAAGUGAUUCUCCUGCCUCAGCCUCCCUAGUAGCUGGGAUUACAGGUGUGUGCACCACCAUGCCCUGCUAAUUUUUGUAUUUUUAGUAGAGACAGGGUUUCUCCGUGUUGGCCAGGCUGGUCUGCAACUCCUGACCUCAAGUGAUCCACCUACUGGGAUUGCAGAUGUGAGCCACCACAGCAGCCUAGACCAAGUCUUAAUGACUUCAUUUGAAACCUUGAAUCCAGCCAUACCCAGAGCUAGAUUUGCCAACUGAACUCUUUGGCUAUGUAAGCUAAUAAAUUCCUUUUUUUUUUUUUUUUUUUUUGUUUAAGUCAAGGUUAUGUUUUCUAUAUCUUGCAACCACGAGUUCUGACUAAUUCUGUGGGGAAAAGACCAAUAGACCAGAGCCGGCUGAAGAUGCUGGACCUCUAAUAUCUUCACUUAUUGCCCAAUUCCUCCAUGAGCCACCCUCCUCUGACUUAAAUGCACUGUCAUGCUAUUUGGCUCUAAGAUAUUUCUGCUUAACGUGUGAGUUAAUCAGAUCUCUUGUCUAGCUUAUAAAUGUCUAGAAUCAUAUAGCCAAAAGGAGGCUGACAAAUUUGGCCCAAACUUAUACCCACUGCAGGAACUGCCCUAUGAGUUUCUUCUUGAACACUUCCAGAGACACUGAACUCCUUGGUAAGGACCUCACGGCCUUACCAAGGACUCUUUUCCAAUCUUUCUUAUUGAUAGAACUUUUAAAAUUUGGAACCAAACUCUGCUUCCUCAUUACUUGUCUCAGUGGUUCUGCCAAUACUGGCCAGACAGUCCUGGAGGAAUUGGGAGCCAGUCCUUACAAAUGGCAUAGGUCUUUCCUUUUUUUUUUUUUGAGAUGGAGUUUCGCUCUUGUUACCCAGGCUGGAGUGCAAUGGAGUGAUCUCCGCUCACCGCAAUCGCCGCCUCCUGGGUUCAGGCAAUUAUCCUGCCUCAGCCUCCUGAGUAGCUGGGAUUACAGGCACACGCCACCGUGCCCAGCUAAUUUUUUGUAUCUUUAGUAGGGACGGGGUUUCACCAUGUUGACCAGGAUGGUCUCGAUCUCUUGACCUCGUGAUCCACCUGCCUCGGCCUCCCAAAGUGCUGGGAUUACAGGCUUGAGCCACCGCGCCCGGCCAGGUCUUUCCUUUUCAGAGGAAGGUUUCUAAAAGUGCCUUCCACUUUUUUUUUGAGGAGUCUUCUUCUGUCGCCCAGACUGGAAUACAAUGGCAUGAUCUUGGCUCACUGCAACCUCCGCCUCCCAGGUUCAAGGGAUUCUCCGGCCUCAGCCUCCCAAGUAGCUGGGAUUACAGGCACACACCAACCUGCCUGGCUAAUUUUUGUAUUUUCAGUAGAAACAGAGUUUUGCCAUGAUGGCCAGGCGCUAGUCUUGAAUGCCUGACCUCAGGUGAUCUGCCGGCCUCAGCCUCCAAAAGUGUUGGGCUUACAGGUGUGAGCCACUGCGCCCAGCUGGUUCUUUUACAGACUUUAUUUGCAGCCUACUCAUCGCUCCCAUUGUUCAGCUUGAUCCUUAAAGUGUGGCACUAAGAAGUGGCUCUAGCACUGGCAACACAUAGUCGGGGGCCAUAUCUUUGGGCACUAAGUCUACUAGGCCUUUGUUUGUAAGGAAUCAACUCUUUAAGUGAAGCAGUGUUUGUCAUAAGGACACAUGGGGCCAUCAGGAGGCCUAAAUGGAAUGGGAAUCCCAGAACAAUGGCGACGGUGUGACUAGACCUUUGCAGACUGUUAUUGGAUCUCAGAUCUCUGCAGUGCUGGGGACCUCAGUGGCAGGAGUAUGUGGGACUUCAGGAUCUUGCUCCUCUAGUUCCAAGACUCAGAUACUCUCUUCAUUUCUGCUUCUUUUAGUUAUAUGCAAUUUCUUCCCACUUAGCUAACUUGCUUCUCUAUCCUUUAUUAUAUAUUUUCUACUUCAAUGUUCUGCCUCCAUACAGCAGCUUCAUAUUUUCUCCUCUGUCUUGUGACUUCAGUUAAAUGUUUAAUUAUAGAAAUAGCAUGUGCACGUGGUAAAAAAAAAUCAAAUAGAACCAAAGGCUACACAACAGUGGUUCUCAACCAGGGGUGACUUUGCCCCCCACCCCCUCCAGGAAACAUUUAGGGCAUGUCUGGAAACAUUUUUGGUUGUCACAGCUGGGGAGGGGGUGCUAGUGGAAAGAGGUCAAGGAUGCUGUUAAACCACCUACAAAACUCAGGUCAGAUACCCACAAUAAGGAGUUUCUCACCCCACAUUUACAGUGCUGAGGGUGGGAAAUCCUAGCGUGGGGGAAAAAAAAGUAAAAGGCUCUAUCCCCCAUCCCCAUUCCUACUCCCUGUCAUAGUUCCCUGUCAAAGUUAGGCAACUACUUUUAACAGUUCCUGGCUUUAAGUGUUUUGGUGAUUAUCAUUGUACAGUAUUUGUUAAUAGUAAUACUUAGACCUCUCAGAGCAAGAGAAUUAGGGGAAACUAGUGAUGUUCUCCAUUCCACACCCUCUCUGACAACUCCAGCUAUAGAUGACAAACUUUAAGUGGGCUCCUUUGGGCUCCAAGCAGAGAGAAUUAUUUGCAGACAAAUUCUGGAGAACAGCUGCAGAGCCAAAAGCAAGGACCUUCAGGAAGAAAGCAAGUCUCAGAGACAACCUGCUUCCCAAGGACAAUCAUGGCUCUUCUGGGUCUUAACUCCCCUCAAAACUAAUUGUGGAUUGAAUUUCUCAGCCCUUGAGGCUGGGAAAAUGCUGAAAAACCAGAGGGCAGAGGAACCUGCUGGCAGAGACAGCUGUAUCCCUGACAGAAAAAAAUGAGAGCCUGGAAGAGAUAUGUGUGAAGCUCAAACACAAAAGAUUUCCUUGAACUAGAAAAUGUGAUCUCAGAACUAAAAAUUUCCAUAGAUAAAUCAAAGGAGAGGCCAGUCAUUGCUGAAACCCCAAAAUAGGCCUAGAAAAUUAAAUAGAAAAAAUGUUUCAAAACCUGUCACAAAAAUAUAGAGAUGUAAAUAUGUGGUAGAAGGUAGGAGCCUGGAACAGAGCCAGUAGACUUAACCUGCAAAUCCUGUGGGCUCUGGGAGAAAAAGGAACAGAAGAGGAGAGGUCAUAAUUCAAUAAUUGAUGGCAUUUCUUUAAGCUGAAGAAAGAGUUAAGUUCCAGAUCCAGUUGAAAGCAAAAGACACUCACUCAGCUACAUAUAGGUAAAAAUUCCCAAACUUUAAGAAUGUAGGAAAUCUUACACAUUUUCAGGCAGAAAGCAAGUUCUUUUUUCUCAUCUGCAAUGCUGGGAGUUAAAAGACUCCAAAAUGGAAUGUGGGCUAAUGAAAGAAAAGCCCUGCAACCCAUACCUGGCCAAGGAAAAAAAAAAGGAUUUGCAGAAAUCACUGAGUACCUCAUCUGAUAAAUAUUUUUGAGAAGAGACUCUAAUAAACAACAAAUGAAUCCUAACAGAGCCUUCAAGACAGGGGAAGAGAAGAGGCAAGAAAGCAGUGGGGAGCAAUGAACCAUGUCUAUUCAUGAUGUGUAACAUACAUGCUAAAUAAGGACUCUUGAAACAGAUGGAACACACUGUAAGGGAAAUUCUCAUAAGGAGUAAAUUAUCUCAUUAAAACUGUGGAGUCAGGUGGCGGGGAUAAGGGGAAGUGUUCCAGAAGUCUAAGGCAGGGAGAGGUGGGGAGGAAGGAAGGGUAGUGAAAGCAAUCUAAAGAUCACAUUUUGGCUGAGCAUGGUGGCUCAUGCCUGUAAUCCCAGCACUUUUGGAGGCCAAAGCGGACAGAUCAUCUGAGGUCGGGAGUUUGAGACCAGCCUGACCAACAUGGUGAAACCUGUUUGUAAUAAAUAUAUAAAAAUUAGCCAGGCAUGGUGGCAGGCGCUUGUAAUCCCAGCUACUUGGGAGUCUGAGGCAGGAGAAUUGCUUGAACCCAGGAGGUGGAGGUUGUAGUGAGCCAAGAUUGCACCAUUGCACUCCAGCCUGGGCAACAAGAGCAAGACUCUGUCUCAAAAAAAGAAAAAAAAAAAGAUUACAUUUUAUUGGGAUGGGGAGGAAAUAGAAGAUAAUCAGAGUAUUCUGGAAAUAGUAGCUGUUGUUUCAUACACUAGAAGACUCAUGUAUCUGAGAGCAGGGAUAGGGAUGGUAACUAUUAAUAGAAUAACAAACUCCAAAUUAGGAGAAAAAUUAAAUAAGUAGCAACUUAUUCAAUCCAGCAAAGAUGAAAAAAACAAGAAUUAACAACAAUAUAAAAAAUUUGUAAAACAAGUAAGAUGGAAAUAAGAGAAUAUAUCACUCAUUACAGUAAUUACAAGUGGACUGAAAUCUACCAUUAAAAGACUGUCAGAUUUUGUUAUAAAUCAAAUUUAGGUACAGGUAAGAGAAACACACUUCAGUUGAUAAAGUUGCAAAAUAAAGACAUGGAAACACCAGACAAAUAUUAAAUAUUAUUUUAAAAACCAGAGGCUAUAUACAGACAGUCCCCAAUUUAUGAUGAUUUAACAUAGGAUUCUUUGACUUUAUGAUGAAUUUAUCAUUGUAUUAAAUGCAUUUUUGACUAACAUUACUUUCUACUUAUGAUGGGUUUUUUUGGAACGUAGUCCUAUCCUAAGUCAAGGAACAUCUGUACUGAUAUGAAACAAGAGAAAUUUAAGUUAUGGGCUGGGGGAGAUGGAAGCAGAGUGCCUGCAAAGGGAUAGGAGGAAAUUUUGGUAGAGAUAGGAAUGUUUUAUCUUGAUUGUGGUGGUAAUUACACAACUGAAUACAUUUGUCAAAACUCAUAGGAUUGUGCACUUAAAAGUGAUCAAUUUAUUGGCCUGGCACAGUGGCUCACUCCUAUAAUCCCAGUACUUUGGGAGGUUGAGUCAGGUGGAUCAACUGAGGUCAGAAGUUCAAGACCAGCCUGACCAACGUGGAGAAACCCCACCUCUACUAAAAAUACAAAAUUAGCUGGGCGUGGUGGCACAUUCCUGUAAUCCCAGCUACUCAGGAGGCUGAGGCAGGGGAAUUGCUUGAACCCGGGGAGGCCAAGGUUGUGGUGAACCAAGAUCAUUCUAUUGCACUCUAGCCUGGGCAACAAGAGCGAAACUCCUCAAAAAACAAACAAAAAAGCCUGAUCAAUUUAUUGUAUGUAAAUUACAAUGCAAUAAAGCUGGCUUUAAAAAGAAUGAAAAUACCACGUUCACAAAAUAGUGAAAUGAGAAAACAGUGUAGCAUGAGAAACCCUCUCAAUUACCCUGUGUCAUAUAUUAUACUAUCAAAAAGAUAGUGAGCUUAAAACAACACAUGUGCAGGAAAAAUAAAGGGAGCACUUAUUUCAAGAAAUGAUAAAAAUAAUAAGAAAGGAAAUCAAAUCAGAAAAUGACUAAAGCUAGCACUAAUGAGAUGAAAAACAAACAAAAAUACUAAAAAGGGCCAGGCAAGAUGGCUCAUGGCUGUAAUCCCAGCACUCUGGGAAGCCAAGGCAGGAGAAUCACUUGAACUCAGGAGUUCAAAACCAGCCUGGGCAACAUGGCGAAACCCCAUCUCUGAAAAAAAAAAAAAUUAACCAGGAGUGGUGGUGUACACACCUGUAGUCUCGGCUACUUGGGAGGCUAAAAUGGGAGGAUAGCUUGAGCCCAGGAGGUGGAGGUUGCAGUGAGCUGAGAUUGCACCACUGCACUUCAGCCUGGGCAAUAGAGCCACACCCUGUCUCAAAAAGGAAAAAAAUACAAAACUAAAAAGGAUAAAUAAAUCCAACAAAAUUGUCUUUUAAAAGAGCUAAUAAGGCCAGGCACAGUGGCUCAAACCUGUAAUCCCAGCACUUUGGCAGGCCAAGAGGUGGGUGGAUAACUUGAGGUCAGGAGUUUGAGACCAGCCUGGACAACAUGGUGAAAACCUGUCUCUACUAAAAAUACAAAAAUUAGCGAGGCGUGGUGGCAGACAUCUGUAACCCCAGCUACUGGGGAGGCUGAGGCAGGAGAAUCACUUGAACCCAGGAGGCAGAUGUUGCACUGAGCCGAAAUCACACCACUGCACUCUAGCCUGGGGGACUGAACAAGACUCUCUCUUGAAAAAACAAAAGAACUAAUAAAUAAACCUCUUGCAAGCCCAAUUAAAGAAGGGGGAGGGGUGGGGGGAAGGAGAGUAAAGAUUAAAUAGAUAAGAUUAGUUACAAGAAAGAAAACAUUCUUACAAAUGGAGGAGAAAAAUGAAGAAUUAUAAAACAGUACAACUUAAAAUUACUUAGCAAUCAAUUUGAAAAUUUAGAGGAAAUGGAUAUCUUUCAAGAAAAAUAUAUAUUACCAAAAUUGACCCAGGAGAAAGAGGAAAGUUUGAACAUCCCAACUUAUUUUAGAACAGGCUGCAAUAGGAAGGUGAUGAGAGACUCCUUUGGGAAAAGACUGCAUUCACAUGGCACCAGAGCUGAGUUUUUUCUAACCUUAUAUAAUAAUUUCUAUGCCAUUUAAACUAGUCAAGACUAUAGAAAACAAAGGCUCCAAGAUUUAAUAUGUAAAGCCAGUACAGCUUGAUACUAUUCCCAAUAAAACUCUUAAGUAAAAAAGAAAAAGAGGAAAACUGCUUAAAUACAAUGAAGACUAAACCUAAAAGCAAAUAUGGUUCUUAAUGGUGAAACAUUGAAACCACUUCAAUUAAAAUUAAAAUUUAGACAGAAAUGCCUGCUGUUAUCCUUAUUAUUUGAUAUAUCUUGGACAUUUUACCAAAUUCAGUAAAACAAGAAAAUAAGUUGUUAUGCUCACCAUAAAAUAAAUUAUAAUUUUUUUUUUUUUUUUGAGAUAGAGUCUCCCUCUGUUGCCCAGGCUGGGAUGCCGAUGGUGUGAUCUUGGCUCACUGCAAACUCCACCUCCCUGGUUCAAGCAAUUCCCUGCCUCUGCCUCCCCAGUAGCUGGGAUUACAGGUGCAUGCCAACACGCCUGGCUAAUUUUUUUGUAUUUUUAGUAAAGAUGGGGUUUCACCAGGUUGGCAAGACAGGUCUUGAACUCCUGACCUCAGGCAAUCCACCCACCUCGGCCUCUGAAAGUGCUGUGAUUACAGGCAUGAGCCACUGCAUCCAACCAAUAUUAUCUUUUUUGCUGCUAAUAUGAUUGUACCGGAAAAACUGAAAGACUAGAAAAAAAUAUAUAGUGAAAAACAAUAAAAUUUGGAGAGCUGACUGGAUACAAGAUGAACAUAACAAAAAUAAAUUGUUAGGCCGGGCGCGGUGGUUCACACCUAUAAUCCCAGCACUUUGGGAGGCUGAGGCAGGUGGAUCACAAGGUCAAGAGAUCAAGACCAUCCUGGUCAACAAGGUGAAACCCCAUCUCUACUAAAAAUACAAAAAAUUAGCUGGGCAUGGUGGUGCACGCCUGUAGUCCUAGCUACUUGGGAGGCUGAGGCAGAAGAAUUGCUUGAACCCAGAAGGCAGAGGUUGCGGUGAGCCGAGAUCGUGCCACUGUACUCCAGUCUGGGUAACAACAGCGAAACUCCGUCUCAAAAAAUAAAUAAAUAAAUAAAUAAAAUUGUUUUUGGUCUAGAAAUAAGCAUAUUGAAUUGAAAAUGGAAGCAGUUUCAGCUUAGAGUUACAAAGUUAUAAAAUUUUUAGGAUAAUAUAUAAUGAAGCUACUCAGAAAAAAAUUCUUAGGAUAAUAAUGAUAGCCACCAUAAUGCCAUGAACUGUUCUAGGCACUUUGUAUCAACUCAGUCAAGCCUCACAACAUCCUCUUGAAACAGAUUACUAUUAUUAUUAUUGUAUUUUUUUGUUGAGACAGGGGUUUUGCCAUGUUGCACAGGUUGAUCUCAAACUCCUGGGCUCAAGUGAUGAUCUGCCUGUCUCAGCCUCCCAAAGUGCUGGCAUUACAGGUGUAAGCCACUGAGAACAGCCACUAUUAUUAUUCUUAUUUCAUAGAAGAGAAUACUGAGGAAAACACAGAUUAAGUGAUUUAGCCCCAGAUUACUAUUAGUAGCUGGUAAAAUCUCAGAGUUGGGAUUUGAACCCUGGCAGUUUGGCACUGAUACUUCCCUUGUAACCAGUAUGAUAUAGUACAUAUAUUUACUCAUAUUUAAUCAAGAAACAUGUAAGUACUCACAUGAAUAAAGUUAUGCAGUAAAAUAUUAUUAAACACUAUAAAGCGAGAUGGGAACAAAGAGAAAAUAAGCCAUAUCCUUGACUGGGAAGAGAAACUAUUAUAAAAAGUGUCACUUCUCCAAAAAUUAAAAUGCAUAAUUUCAAUUGGUGUAACAAAGAACAGGCAAAGAAAAAAUAUUUUUUAAAAAUACAAAGAUUUUGAUAUGGAAAAUAGUGAGGAAAAAAUAGUGAGAGGAAUUCAUUUUACCAGCCAGGUGUAGUGACUCACGCCUGUAAUCCCAGCACCUUGGGAGGCCAAGGCGGGAGGAUCACCUGAAGUCAGGAGUUUAAGACCAGCCUGGCCAACAUGGUGAAACCCCAUCUCUACAAAAAUACAAAACUCAGCUGGGCUUAAUGGCACAUGCCUGUAAUCCCAGCUACUUGGGAGGCUGAGGCAGGAGAACAGCUUGAAACCGGGAGUUGGAGGUUACAGUUAGCUGAGACCACACCAUGGCACUCCAGCCUAGGCGACAGAAAAAAAAAAGAAAAGAAAAAAACAAAAAAAAAUUGUUUUACCAAAUAUGAUAGCAUAAUUUAAGGCUACUUAAUCAAAUGAAUAAAGCAAAGGGGAAAAAUUAGUCAGUGGAAUAAAACAGAGAAUCCCAAAUGAGAUGAUUGUGUAUACAAAAACAUGACAAUUCAACUCAUUGGGGAAAGUGGGCUGACAUAAUCAGUGGAACUGGAAAAUCCAGCUCUCCUUACUCAGUGCUACCAUGUGCUGGGACUGUGCACUGCAGGGCUUGCAUGCCAGGAACCAUGAAUGUUUUGAAUGGUAUCUAGAAUGGUGAUCCUUUUCAGAAGGUUUUCAAUUUACUUUGCCCAGAGCCAUGAGAGGAAUCCCUAUGGCAGCUGUAGCCUUUACAAAAUGUAUUUCUUAAAUAAGGUCAAAAUUACUCAUUGACCCAUGGGCUACAGAAUGGAAGUUUGUUAAGCAUGAAAACAACAUUAAUCACCAUCAGAUAUCUGGGUGACUAGGUGCAUUGUCAAUGAGCAGUAGUAUUUGGAAAGUAAUCUUUUUUCUGAGCAGUAGGUGUCAACAGGGGGCUUAAAAUAUUCAGUAAACCAUGCUGUGAACAGAUGUGCUGUCAUCCAGGCAUUGUUCUUCCAUGUAUAAAGCACAGGAAGGAUAGAUUUAGCAUAAUUCUUAAGGGCUCUAGGAUUUUGAGAAUGGUAAAUGAGCAGUGCUUCAACUUAAAGCCAUGAGCUGCAUUACUCUCUAACAAGAGAUUCAGCCCCUGUCCUUUGAAGAUUUGAAGCCAGGCAUUGACUUUUCUUCUCCAGCUAUGAAAGUCCUAGAUGGCCUCUUUCCCAGUAAAAGGCUGUUUAGUUUGCAUUGAAAUCUGUUGUUUAGUGUAGCCACCUUCAUCAGUGAUCUUAGCUAGAUCUUCUGGAUAACUUGGCUGCAGCUUCUACAUCAGCACUUGCUGCUUCAUCUUGCACUUUUAUGUUAUACAGAUGGCUUCUUUCCUUAAACCUCAUGAACCAACCUCUGCCGACUUCAGAAUUUUCUUCUGCAGCCUCCCCAGUUGUCUCAGCCUCUAGGGAGUUGAAGAGAGUUAGGGUCUUACUCUGGAUUAGGCUUUGACUUAAGAGAAUGUUGUGGCUGGUUUGAUCUUCUAUCGAGACCACUCAGACUCUCUCCAUAUCAGCAAUAGGCUGUUUUACUUUCUUAUCAUUUAUGUGUUCACUGGAGUAGCACUUUUAAUUUUCUUCAAGAAUUUUUACUUUGCAUUCGUAACUUGGCUAACUGGCACAAGAGGCCUAGCUUUUGGCCUAUCUUGGCUUUUGACAUGCCUUGCUCACUAAGCUCAAUCCUUUCUGCUUUUGAUGCAAAGUGACAGAUGUGUAACUCUUCCUUUCACUUGAACACUUAGAGACCACUGUAGGGUUAUUAAUUUGCCUAAUUUUAAUAUUGUUGUGUCUCAGGGAAUAGAGAGACCCAAGGAGAGGGAGAGAGACAGGGAAUAGCCAGUGAGUGGAGCAGUCAAAACACACACAACUUUUAUUAAGUUCUGUGUCUUAUAGGUAUGGUUUAUGGUGCUCCAAAACAAUUACACUAUUAACAUCAAAAAUCACUGAUCACAGAGCUCCAUAACAGAUACAAUAACAAUGAAAAUAGUUUGAAAUAUUGUAAGAAUUACCAAAAUGUGACACAGAGACAUGAAGUGAGCACACACUGCUGGAAAAUGGUACCAAUAGACUUGCCUGCCACAGGGUCACCACAAACCUUCAAUCUCUAAAACACUCAGUAUCUGUGAAGCAUAAUAAGUGAAGUGCAAUAAAACAAGGUGUGCCUGGACAUUCCUAUGGUAUGUAGCAGCAGUCCGAACCCCUCAUGGUAAUCAGGCAAUCGGGUUCGGUCUCCUCUGCCAGGGUAAUCUCUGCCUACUAGUAUGUGAGCAAGGAGUAGCCAGGCACAAUCACCAGGUAUGGAGAACUCUAUGGGUCAGUGUAGUCUCUACACAUCCUUUCAUCUUUAACUCCCACUGCUAGCUCAGCAGUCAUCUCCAUAUUUUCCCACUUAAGUUCCUGAGAAUGAGCUUUGAUAAAAUCCUCAUGUCUAGGCCACUGGGUUGUCCAUGGAUUGGCCAGCCUUAGACAGUUGCCCACUUGCUCAUUUUAUUUAUUUAUAUUUUUUGUAGAGACGAGGUUUCACCAUGUUGAACAGGAUGGUGUUGAACUCCUGACUUCAGAUGAUACACCAGCCUUGGCCUCCCAAAGUGCUAGGAUUCCAGGCAUGAGCCACGGCACCUGGCCAUUUAUUUUAUUUUAUUUUAUUUAUCUUUAUAUAUAUAUAUACAUAUUUUUUGAGACAGAGUCUUGCUAAGUCACCGAGGCUGGAGUGCAGUGGUGCAAUCUCAGCUCACUGCAACCUCUGCCUCCUGGGUUCAAGCGAUUCUGCUGCCUCUGUCUCCUGAAUAGCUGGGAUUACAGGUGUGUGCCACCAUGCCCAACUAAUUUUGUAUUUUAAGUAGAGACAGGGUUUCACUAUGUUGGCCAGGCUAGUCUUGAACUCCUGACCUCAGGUGAUUUACCCACGUUGGUCUCCCAAAGUGCUGGGAUGAUGGCGUGAACGACUGCACCCAGCCUCACUUGCUAAUUUUUAUCAGCUGAGGUCAGAGGGGUUGAAGGUCACAAGACACAAUUUCUGGGCACUAGGGCUGCCUCAUCAGCAGAGGUUUGCCUGCUUUAAAAGGGCUAUAGGUAGUAUUUAAGUAUGAGAAAAAAAACAAAAAGUAAAAAACAAAACAAAAAAAAGGGCUAUAGGUGUGUCUGGCAUAAGGUUUGAUGUAUUGGUAAGGGAGCUACAGUUCCAUGCGGCAACCUUUUGUCACAAGCUUCUUUCCAGUCACUGGGUCAGUUUAUGAGAAGCUUACAGCCUGCUGAGCCCAGUUUCUCAAUUUGUCAAAUAAGCAGGCUGGUCUCUCUAAGAUCCCUUCAAGUGUAAAAUAAUAACUGCCUUUUUCCUCAAACUUUUUUUUACAUAAACAAUUGUUAACCCAGGACACUCUCCCUCCUAUGCUUAUGUAAUUUAUUUUUUGAAUUCCAAAUUUCAUUUUUCAAUAAAUGCUUGGUAUAUUAUCAUUUAAAAAUUUUAAUUUUGAAUAAUUUAUUUUUUGAGAGAGGGUUUCACUGCUGCCUAGGUCAGAGGGCAGUGGCACAAACAUGGCUCACAACAGCCUUGUCCUCCUGGGCUUGAACAAUCCACCCCACUCAGCUUCCCAAGAAGCUGAGACCAUAGAUGUGUGCCAUCACACCUGCUUAAUUUUUAAAUUUUUUGUAGAGAUGGGAUCUCACUGUGUUGGCCAGGCUGGUCGCAAACUCCUAGACCCAAGUCAUCCUCCCACCUCAGCUUCCCAGAAUCUUGGGAUUAUAGGUGUGAGCCAUCAAGCCUGGCUUUGCUGUUAUUAUUAUUAUUAUUUUAUUUAUUUAUUUAGAGACAGAGUCACUCUGUUGCUAGGCGCCAGGCUGGAGUGCAGUGGCAUGAUCUCAGCUCACUGCAACCUCUGCCUCCCAGGUUCAAGCAAUUCUCCUGCCUCAGCCUCCCGAGUAGCUAGGACUACAGGCGCACACCACCACGCCCAGCUAAUUUUUGUAUUUUUAGUAGAGACGGGGUUUCACCAUGUUGGCCAGGAUGCUCUCGAUUUCUUGACCUCGUGAUCUGCUCACCUCAGCCUCCCAAAGUGCUGGGAUUACAAGCGUGAGCCACCGCGCCUGGCCCUAUUUAUUUUUUUGAGACUGAGUCUCACUCUGUCGCUCAGGCUGGAAUGCAGUGGUGCCAUCUCAGCUCACUGCAACCUCUGCCUCCCGGGUUCAAGUGAUUCUUCUGCCUCAGCCUCCCGAGUAGCUGGGACUACAGGCGCCUGCCACCGUGCCUAGCUAAUUUUUGUAUUUUUAGUAGAAACAAGGUUUCACCAUAUUGGCCAGGCUGAUCUCGAACUCCUGACAUCAUGAUCCACCUGCCUUGGCCUCCCAAAGUGCUAGAAUUACAGGUGUGAGCCACCGCACCUGGCCUGCUGUUAUUAUUUUUAUGACAUUUCAUUCUGUGGUUUGGAGCCAUCAUUUUUCCCUGUUGCAGUGCUUGAAUCUUGAGUUGGCCUUUUGAUGUAUUUGGUUUUCUUUUCAGCUCUGUGCCAUUGGCACAGAAAAUGUGCUUUCUGUGUCACCACUUGAGGCAGGACCAAAGAGAGGCCUGGGACAAAUCACUGAAGACCUAUCUGUACUCUUUGGCUUCAGUGAUCAAAGAACUCCAAGUCUCCCUCAUGGUGCGAUCAGGUGGCCCAUUUUUCUCCCUCCUGACUCUGAAGCCUUUGUGACAGACUUUUAAAGAGGCCUUUACUAAAGUCCACACCUACCGUGUCUCCAGCAAUCAUACUCUUGAUUGAGGUCAGACUAUCUUGUAUUUUACAGAUGGAAAAUUGUGACUUGUCCAAAGUCACAUACUGUGGCAAGGCUGGUCUCUUUAACCAGUGUCAUGUUCUUUUUAUUACAUUAUUCUUCCUCCACAGUUCAGGAAAUGUAUUUAAUGCUACUCUAAUAAAUUACAUACUUGAUGGCUUAAACAAUAAAAAUGUAUUGUCUUACAGUUCUGGAGAUUAGGUCGACACAGGUCUCACUGGGCUGAAGUCAAGGUGUCUGCAGGGCUGCUUCCUUUCUGGAGGCUGAAGGGGAAAAUCUGCUUCCUUGUCUUUUCCAUCUCUUGGAGGCUGCUUGCAUUCCUUGGCUCAUGGUCCUCUUCCUCCACCUUCAGAAUCAGGACCUUUGGGUUGAGUGCUUAUCCUGUGGCAUCUCUCUGGCCCUCCUUCCCUCACCGAAUCUCUUUCUCCCUGUGAUAGGAAAGGUUCUCCCUUUCAAGGACUCAUGUGAUCAGAAUGUGCCUAUCAAGAUAAAACAGGAAAAUCUCUCCAUCUAAAAGGGCCUUAAUUAACAUAGUCACAUCUACAUUUUGUUAGGUAAAGUGACAUAGUCACAGGUUCCAGGGAUUUGGGUGUGAACAUUUUUGGGAGGCCAUUCUGGCUACCACACCCUGUCAGUAAACUAGGGCUUCCUGGAGGCCAGUGGGUUAAAGUAAAGUAACAAAUAUAGCCUGACUUUCAGAGUCUUAGGAGACGCCUCUGAUGUCCUGACAUAGACUGUAUCAAUGACAAGUUCCCUUUCACAUGGGAGAUUCUAUCUGAUGCCCUCACGUUUGGACCCCAUCCUCUUGUCAACCCAUUCCAUGUAAUGAGUAAUGGGGAGGUCAGGAGAGGGUAAAACGUGGGUGUUGGUGUCUGCCCUCCAGACUCUCAGAUGAUAUUAUGGUUCUGGAAAAGCUGAAAUGUAUAGCACUGACUGACCCCUCAGCUCUUAAAAAAAAAACUCCCUGAUAUUUGGGCAGUAGAGGUAUAGCUUGGAGUUACAGACAUCUUUUCUGAUGUUCAGCUUCUAAAAGUAAUGUGAAUGUCAAAAUUGUAAAGAACCCAUGUGGGCCAGGCGCGGUCGCUCAUACCUGUAAUCCCAGCACUUUGGGAGGCCGAGGCGGGUGGAUCACAAGGUCAAGAGAUCGAGACCAUCCUGGUCAACAUGGUGAAACCCCGUCUCUACUAAAAAUACAAAAAAUUAUCUGGGCAUGGUGGCGCGUGCCUGUAAUCCCAGCUACUCAGGAGGCUGAGGCAGGAGAAUUGCCUGAACCCAGGAGGCGGAGGUUGCGGUGAGCCGAGAUCGCACCAUUGCACUCCAGCCUGGGUAACAAGAGCGAAACUCCGUCUCAAAAAAAAAAAAAAAAAAAAAGCACCCAUGUGACACAAUUGGGGAAGGGGAAGGAGCCCACACUUUUACACAAAGGAAGGCUACAAGAUGGUCUAAGACAGAGAGAAUGCAGCCUGUGAUGAGAAGAUAUGUAACCAUCACCAAAAGACUAAAGAGGACACAAAGUGAGACUCUGUCUCCAAAAAAAAAAGAAGGGAUCCCCAGAUGGAACUGCACACCCCAUUGCCUUGAAUGUCCUAACGAGGGUCUCUGUGUCCCAGGCUGGGCACAAUCUUGGCUCACUGCAACCUCUACCUCCCAGGUUCAAGCGAUUCUCCUGCCUUAGCCUCCCAAGUAGCUGGAAUUAUAGGCAUAUGCCACCAUGCCCAGCUAAUCUUUUUGUUUUUUGAGAUGGAGUUUUGCUCUUGUUGCCCAGGCUAGAGUGCAAUGGCACAAUACACCUCUGCAUCCUGGGUUCAAGCAAUUCUCUUGCCUCAGCCUCCCCAGUAGCUGGGAUUACUGGUACGCAUUACUAAGCCCGGCUAAUUGUGUAUUUUUUUUUAGAGACAGGGUUUCUCCAUGUUGGUCAGGCUGGUCUUGAACUUCUGACCUCAGCUGAUCUGGCUGCCUUGGCCUCCCAAAGUGCUGGGAUUACAGGUGUGAGCCACCACGCUUGGCCUAAUUUUUGUAUUUUUAAUAGAGACAGGGUUUCACCAUGUUGGCCAGGCUGGUCUUAAAUUCCUCACUUCAGGUGAUCUGCCCCCCUCAGUCUCCCAAAGUGCUGGGAUUACAGGUGUGAGCCACCGCACUUGGCCAGAGUAUCACCUUCUUAAGCCUCUCCACAGGUCAAGUUAGGCAGCAUGCCUAUGGAUUCCUUUUUUUUUUCCUUUUGUUUGAGACAGAGCUUUGCUCUUGUUACCCAGGCUGGAGUGCAAUGGCAUGAUCUUGACCCACUGCAACCUCUACCUCCUGGGUUCAAGCGAUUCUCUUGCCUCAGCCUCCCGAGUAGCUGGGACUACAGGUGGGAGCCACCACACCUGGCUAAUUUUUUUUAUAGUUUUAGUAGAGAUGGGGUUUCACUGUGUUGGCCACAGAUUCCUUUUUGAGUGCAGACUGGAAGCUUGGUUUUAGCAUUUUACCUGGCAUCUACGUCAUGUUCACCUGUGUUUUGGAUCUGAAAACUGGGACACUGUACAGUUUGGGAAACUCCUGAAAAUGUUAAUGCAAUUGAUUUACUCACACACUGCCGACACCUACCCCCUGUACUCCACAGGUUCAAGUAUUUGACUGUCCCCACCCACCUCUGCCACCAGCUGCUCUAUACACUUCCACUCACUCUCAGGGCCCCUGGGCCCCCAGGGAAUCACCACCACACACCACUGUCUGUAUCUGGGGGAAGGUCCGGGUUGUUGGAAACUUUAAUCGAGCAAGGACCGUUAACAGCUGCAGAGGCACCUUAGGAAACAGUGAGCCUCAAAAAGGAAAUACUUGUAGGAUCUCUUGUGAUGACCUUUGAAGACUUUUCUGAAAAUGACCUAUCGUUCCCUGCCAUGGAAAAUAACAGCAAUCACAGGCAGCCUUCAGCCCACAGAAGGCUUUCUCCUCCAGGCAGGCUCUGAUAUAGCUGUUUGCCUCACAGAUGCCCUAACAGACUGCAAAUCCUGGGAACAUGCAUGUGCAUGCAUGCACAGGCACACAUGUGCCUCUCUACAGAUACAUUGUUUUUUUUUUUUUGACAGAGUUUCCCUCUGUGGCCAGGCUGGAGUGCAGUGGUGCGAUCUCGACUCACUGCAACCUCUGACUCCCUGAUUCAAGUGAUUCUCCUGCCUCAGCCUCCCGAGUAGCUGGGAUUACAGGCAUGCACUGCCACACCCAGCUAAUUUUUGUAUUUUUUUUAGUAGAGACGGGGUUUCACCAUGUUGGCCAAGCUAGUCUUGAACUCCUGACCUCUUGAUCUGCCCACCUCUGGAUCACGAGGCAUGAGCCACCAAAGUGCUUGUGUUACAGGCAUGAGCCACCGCGCCCAGGCUACAGAUACAUUUUUGAGGUGACAGCCUCGUCUCAGUGGCCACUUCCUCUAGGGCUGGCUGGGCGGAGCUAUUGGCAGAACUCUAGGGUCCCUGGCAGCGUCUCACCACACACCACCAAUCAUCCGAGCUGUUGGCAUGCAAUGAGGACCUUUACCCCCUUCCUUUUUCCUCCCCACAGCUGCAGGAGGGGGUUCUUCGGAGCGGAUGCCACACUGCUUGGGCGAGUUCUUCCCACCCCCACACUAUGUCUUGUUCCAGUUCCUAUCCCUGAUGUAGGCUGUUUUGGGGUUCUUAUUAGGGGUCACAUCCUGGUAAAAGAACAUUAGGGAGUACCUUUGGACACCCCUGUUCAGCAGCCUCUUCUCCCCUUCUCUGGUUCCCUCUCUCCUCCAUCAGCUAGGCCCCUAUCACCUAUGAGGGCCUCUCAGUCCCUGGGUCCUCUGCCUCAAAUGCCCCUUUUUUCCUCAGGGACAGUGUUGGGACUUUUUAAAGGAAGAACUUUACUAGGAAAGUAGGAGGAAAACCAAAACCAAACCAAGAAAAUGUCAAAACCUCUGCUGGUCCAGAGUCUGCGCUCGGCCUCUGGCUCUGCUCUGCUCCUCUGCCUUGCCUUUGCCUAGGAAGCUGCAGCCCUUCUUAAACCCUCUGCAACUCCCUUGCUCACCUGCUCCCUGGCUCCCCAUGAGGGUGCCUGGGGGGAAGUGCUGCCACACACCUUUCCAGAGGUGCUGCAGUCGUGGCUGUUCCUCGCCUUGGCCUGUUCCUAAACCCACAGUUACUAGAAACCCCAGGAUGAUGAGUGACAGAUGCAAACCAGGAGCCCCCAGUCUGAUGGGGAGAAUGGAGCCUCACCCUGGAGCUGGGGAGAUCAUCUGGAUCAGUGCAGCUCCAGUUACACAUCAUAAGCCCCAGUGGACAAGGCAGCCGGGAGGAGGGUGGGGCAGAAAAGGGCAGAUAACCAGGAGGACCAGUUUUGGGGCCCAGCAUGGCCCACAUGGGUCUAAGAUGCAUGGAGAAGCAGCACAGGCAGGACAUGGGGACAGGCCCAGCCCCUACCCAUGUGCUUUGGACCUCAGUGUCCCCUCUGUGGCCCCUCUGGCCCUGGCCCAGGGAUUCCUUCUGCUUCAUUGAGCCCAUCUGUUUGAGACUUGCUCACAUCUUCCUCUUUUGUGACUGGAAAUCAUAGGGCUAACUGCUUAGCGGUACAGUCACAGAGGUAACACAAAGCCUAGGUGUAAAGGGACAGAGAGGAGAGGGGCAAGGGAGGACGGUGGAUGACAGGGAAGACGGGUGGGGGCAGAGCUGCUCGGGACCAUGGCUGAGGCCAUCACCUAUGCGGAUCUGAGGUUCGUGAAGGCUCCCCUGAAGAAGAGCAACUCCAGCCGGUUAGGACAGGGUAAGGGGGAUGAGGGCUCCCCUUGAUCCUGCAUCCCCACUCCCUGCCCCACAGACCCCAUUCCUGACUCCCACAUCAUUGGUCUCUAUUCUCUUGUCUCCAGAACCAGGGGCUGAUGAGGAUGGGGAACUCACCUAUGAGAAUGUUCAAGUGCCCUCAGUCCCAGGGGUGCCCUUGAGCUUGGCUUCUUCUGGACUAGGGGACAAAGCAGCGGUCAAGUCCGAGCAGCCAACAGCUUCCUGGAGUGCCGUGACGUCAUUGGCGGUCGGGCGGAUUCUCCCCUGCCGCACAGCCUGCCUGCCAUACCUCCUGCUUGGCCUGCUCCUCACCUGCCUGCUGUUAGGAGUGGCUGCCAUCUGCCUGGGAGUGCGCUAUCUGCAGGUGUCUCAGCAGCUCCAGCAGAUGAACAGGGUUCUGGAAGCCACUAACAGCAGCCUGAGGCAGCAGCUCCACCUUAAGAUAACUCAGCUGGAACAGAGGGCAGAGGAUCUGCAGGGGUCCAGGAGAGAUCUGGUACAGAGUCAGGAAGCACUACAGGAAGAACAGAGGGCCCAUCAGGAGGCCCAAGGGCAGCUCCAGGCCUGCCAGGCAGACAAAGAGAAGACGAAGGAGACCUUGCGAAGUGAGGAGGAGCAGAGGAGGGCCUUGGAGCAGAAGCUGAGCAACAUGGAGAACAGACUGAAGCCCUUCUUCACAUGCCACUCAUCAGACACCUGCUGUCCGAUGGGAUGGAUACUGUAUCAAAAAAGUUGCUUUUACAACUCACUUACUCAGAAAAGUUGGGAGGAGAGCCAAAGACAUUGUGAAACUCUGUCUUCCAAGCUGGCCACAUUCAGAGGAAUUUAUCCAGAAUCACGUUAUUUCUGGAACUUAAGUCCGCUGUUGCCAAAUCGUGAUUCAGAGAAUUCAUACUGGAUUGGCCUCAGCUCCAAUAAGGAUGGGAAGUUGACUGAUGGUACACAUCUCUCUAGGGUUUAUGGUCAAAACUCAAAAUGUCCCUUGGUAAAAAUGUGGUCACCAUCAUACGCACUGCUGAAUCAAGAGUCAUGUACAACUUCUCUUCCCUCCAUCUGUGAGAUGACAGCUUUCAGGUUUCCAGAUUGGGACAGCCCUUUGCACUGAGCUGACACAUGCCAAUAAGAACCUGUGCCCCUCCUUCCUAACCUGAGGCCUGUGGGGUCCUCCGACCAUCUCCUCCCUGUGUUCCUGCCUUCUGGCAGUGCCCAGCCAAAAGCUGACACAUGCCUGACACUUCUAGCCAGCCUGCUGUCUGUUCCCUCUUCCUGAAACUGGACUGUUCCUAGGAAAAGGGUGAAGCCACCUCUAGAAGGGACUUUGGCCCUUCCCGAAGAACCUCCCAGACUGGAAUGGGGUGGGGGAGGAGGGCGUACGGGCUGAGCGGAUAGGGGCGGCCCGGAGCCAGCCAGGCAGUUUUAUUGAAAUAUUUUUAAAUAAUUGCACGUGUUAGUCUCAUGUGUCAGCAA